AUGAUCAUAGGUCUCUGUUGGAGCAACUUGUCACUAGUGGGUUUUUUUUUUUUUUUUUUUGAAAAUCACAAGUUGGGGAAAAGUAAAGAGGGAAAUUUUGUCAAGAGUGUUGUGUUGGAUAACAACUUCUGGCAAGAGUGUUUGGUAAUUGUGAAGUUGAGAUUGCCAAUUGUGAAGUUGUUGAUGAUUUUUUAUUCUGAUGAGCAGCCAUCUUUGGGAUAUGUUUAUGACGGAAUGAAUCAGAUUAAGAGUACUAUCAAGAACACUUUCACGAGAAAUGGAAAAGGAGCUGAUCCUUUUAUGAGGUUAAUUGAUGCUAGAUGGGAUAAGCAUCUUCGACGUAGCAUCUAUGUAGCUGCCUAUUUCUUGAAUCCCAUUUUUCAAUAUACCCCAGAAUGUCGAGCUGAGCGUGGAGUACAAGGUUUGCUUUUUGAUCUCCUUGAGACUGAAGGCUUAUGUGAGGAUGCUGAUGAAGCAAUUAAGGAGAUUAGACUUUUUAGAGAAAGACUUGGGAGCUUUGGUAAAAAAUCAGCUAUCUCGUGUGCUACUACUUUACCUCCAGCUGAAUGGUGGACACUAUAUGGAAAUGAUGCUCCAAAGUUGCAAAGCGUUGCUAUACGACUUUUGUCUCAAACAUCAUCAUCUUCUGGUUGUGAGCGAAAUUGGAGUGUAUUUGACCAAAUUCAUAGCAAGCGGAGGAAUCGAUUGGAGCACCAGAGAUUAAACGAUCUUGUUUAUGGGACAUACAAUCUGAGAUUGAAGUUUAGGUAA